CGAGGUGUCGCUGUGAGGCCGGUGAUAAGUGAGCGCUGUGCUGCGGCCUCGCUAUCUUCCUGCCCCGCUGUGGUGUCCGGUAACCGGCGUCUGUAUCCGGGAUCUUAGAGCCGCAACAUGGAGAUCGGGACGGAGAUCAGCCGCAAGAUCCGGACGGCCAUUAAAGGGAAGCUGCAGGAGCUCGGCGCCUAUGUCGACGAGGAGCUCCCAGAUUACAUCAUGGUGAUGGUGGCGAACAAGAAGAGUCAGGAGCAGAUGACGGACGACCUGUCGCUCUUCCUCGGGAACAACACGGCGAGAUUCACCACCUGGCUGCAGGGGGUUCUGGAUAAGCUGCGCUCCAUCACGCCAGAAACAAAUAGCCUAAAAGCGUCGGAGGCCAUCAUCUUCAAUAGCAGCAUGCCUCCCCUUAAGAGCCUGCCGCUAAGCAGAGAGGAUUCUGGGAGAGAAGCUCCGCCGCCUCGCCAGGAGAGGAUGUACAGCGACGCUAGAGAGCAGCGAUCUGCGGAUGUCAGGGUCUCUUCUGAGAUCGGCACAGCCGCCCGUCUUACCUCGGCAGUGAAGCCCAUCUAUGAAUUCUCCCCCUCCGAGGCCGUGAUUGACAUCAAGCUGGACUCCGAUGACCCCUUCAAUGACGACUUGAGCUUCGGACCCGACCAUUUGCAGUUCUCAAGGAAGAUCCCGGUUACGAUCUCCAGUAUCCGAGCACAAAGACCUACGGCUCCGCUGUACAGACCCCCGGGGAGCAGCCAGAACCUUUACCAAGUUACAGAGGCCAGCACCAUCCAAAGACUCCAUGAGAGCGGGGUCCAGACUGCCAGACCCAAGAGCGCACAGGUCAACCGGACCCCCAGUGCCACAAAGAUGUAUGAGCCCCAUGAUGUGAGCGCCGCUGAGGAGACCUACAUGUCUGCCAUGUCCUCAGCCACCGAGAGAACAGCACGAGAGGCGGACGGUUUCCGUAAGAGGAAGAUCCCGGUGGCCAGUUCUGUGGUGAAGGUGAAGAGAUUUGCUGAGGAUGUGCAGGAGGAGGAGGAAGACGAGGAGGAUCACAUGUCCCGGGCGGCCGGUUUAUCCAGCAGUGUGUCGGUGCCGUCUCGGCCGGAGAGGAGGCCAACCCUGCCCCCGUCCAAACAAGCCAACAAGAACCUCAUUCUGAAAGCCAUAUCCGAAGCUCAGGAGUCCAUCACGAGGACCACCAACUACUCCACAGCUCCUCUGAAGCAGACUGUGCCCGUGGCCCCCCGCACCCGUCCUACACAUGAGGAGGAGCUGAUCCUGCUGAAGAGCCGAGCGUCUGCGCUUCGCUACCAGGAGGAGGCGGAGGAGGCGACUGUAAUGGACACUGCGCCAGCAGAGCAGCGCAGAAUGGACGUCCUCUCCCGACUUCAGCCCGAUCCCUCCAGUGAAGCGCAGAUUUGGAGACAAGAUGAGGAGGUGGAGACCCUCAGACCUGCGGACAGCCGUUCCUUCAUCCUCAAGAGGCUGAAAGCCGCCAAAGAUCCGGCAGUCCAAGGAGUUCCCCCAGCGGUGGAGCCGCAACCAGGACGGCUCAUCCAGCCCAGGGAGAGCGCGGUGAUUGAAAAACCUCCGAGUCCAAAAUUUAUCGUAACCUUAGAAGGCGUCCCCAGCCCCCCGGGAUACAUCUCCGAACCAGAGGAAGAGGACAUGUGUUACGCAGAACAGGGGGAGGAAAUGUAUCCUGAGCCGUACAACACCCUGAACAGGGCCGAACCAAACUUCCCCAUCCUACAGGACACACCCAGCACAAAUGAGUCCAGCGAGGCUCCAACCAAAGCGAAGAUCCUCGAGCGCUGCAAGUACUGGCCGGCGUGUAAGAACGCAGAGCGCUGCCCUUAUCAGCACCCCACAACACCCUGCAAAGCUUUUCCCAAGUGCCGAUUUGCGGAGAAAUGUUUCUUCAUUCAUCCAAAUUGUAAAUUUGAUGCAAAGUGUGCGAAGGCCGACUGCCCAUACACCCACGCCAGCAGACGGACGCCGGCACCUUUGGUAAAGCCAGUAGCUCAUAUCCCGCCUGUCGUGCAGCAAUGUCGCUACUUCCCGGCCUGUAAGAAGACAGAGUGUCCGUUCUAUCACCCCAAGCACUGCAGGUUCGGUAAUCACUGCACGCGCCCGGACUGCGAAUUCUAUCAUCCCACAGUCCCUGUCCCUCCCCGGCACGCUCUGACAUGGACCCGGACCCAGGCCAGCGACUGACGCUGCGGCUCGGACCCCGCGACCUCAGCCUUAAGUCCGUGAACCAAGACGACUCAAGAUGAACUCAGGCAUCGCACCAGCAGACGCUGCGUCAGGGUUUUAAUGUAUUUUAGACUUUAUUUCCACGUUCCAUGUUUUAUACUUGUUGCGGUUUUCUACAUUCACGUAGGGAAAAGGUGUUUUUUUUUUUUUUUGUUUUUGUUUUUUUUUGUGCUUUUUUUUUUCUGGUUUAUCCUUAUUUUAUAAUUCUUCUAAUUGUUGGAGCUGAAACUUUAAAACCGUUCUAAAUACAAUGGAGGAUUAUUUCACACCUUGUGUUAAUGGUUUCUAUUCAGUGUAAGUA